UCGACGCGUUCUUUCUCUUGGUGUCAUCUCCAUUUUCUACUGUCUCGGCCUAGUUCCGUUCCGCUUCCUCGGCAUCACCGUGGACCUCCAGGGUGAUGCCUCCAGCCGUCAACCUGUGCCACUGGCUCUCCUGCCUGUUCCCACGGGUGAAAGGUAAGACGGUGGCCAGUCAGCCUCUCCCCGUGGGAUGCGGCCAGUGCGGCAAGACCGUGGAUCUGAAGCUGUGCGGCUCGUGCAGAGCAAUGCACUACUGCAGCAGUGAGCACCAGAUGAUGCACCACGCCACGCACCGACCAACCUGCGAGCUCGUCCGAAAGGCCCGCGAACGCUUCAAGUUCGAAGAAGGCCAGGCGAUGAUCGCGUGCGACGGCCCCAUCAACCUCGCCAACGUCAACGACACCUUCGGAGCAGACUACCUGGUCGUGCACUUCUACCUGAACGGAUAUCUCAACUCGCGCCAGAGCCUCAUCCGGUCCCUGCAGCACAUCCGCACCCGCACCGCCGUCGAAGAACAGCUCCGCCACCUGAUGGGCGUGCUCGAGAUCAUGCGGUCAGACGAGAUGGGUCUCCGGUUCCUGAUCCCCGCGCUGAUGCUGCGUCUCAACGAGGACCAGAAGUGCUACGACUUCAUGAAGUGGUACUCCCUGCAGGGCAGCCGGCGGUACGACGCGUGGUCCAACCCCGACAUGCCCUUCCUGGACCUCAAGGACGCCGACGCCUUCGAGGACGUGACCUUCGUCGCGGACGAAUGGAACAUCAACCCCAUCUCGCAGGGCAUCAACAGCGCCAUCACCCUGGGGCUCCUCAAACUCCGCAUCAUCCUUGACCUCCAAACCCUACAGGCCUCCGCCGCAGCCAUCGGCCGUUACCUCCCAGUCGAGCUGUUGGUCAUGAUCCAGGGGUACGUCGUCAGAUCCGACAUCGUCGCCAACAAGCGUGCGCUGCUCGAGAAGAUCGACCACGCGGAGGAAAUCGCCAGGCUGGAGGCCCAGGUGCUGCAGCUGCUGGAGAGUGCGCAGCGCUUCAACCCGCGCAUCUGGCCUCUUAUCCUCUCUCGUCGCACUGUUCCCAUGACCCCCACGUUUGACCCUGGCACUCUCGAGGAGGCGCAGAAUGUCGUCGCCCAGUGCAGCCCUGGUUGGGCGGAGACCCCGGGCGCGAUCGAGUACCUCGAGAAGCGGGCUGCCCAUCUGCGUACCGUCGAUAGCCCUCGUAUCCGUGCGAUGUCCCGCGUCAUGCGCAACCCUUAGGGAGCUUCGUGAUCUGGCGGAUCUGAAUGGCGCUGAUGAUAUUGCGGUCCACUUGCGAGGGGAUUUCCAGUGAUGUGACUGAAUAGCGGUGAUAUUAAUGGUCCAUUCCUGAGGAGACAUGUGGUUAUCUGACUGACUGGCGGUUGAUGGUGAUGUCGUGAUCCACUGGUGAGGGAAUUUGUGAAGGUUCGGAGGUGGUUGAUAAUAGUGGACAUGUACGUGCUUGUUUAAUCCAGUCAGUUUUAAUUGUGUUGCUUGCUUUCCUAUUGCCCCGUACGUAGACUCGAGUCCGCGUUCUGAAACGUGAUUUUUCGGGCACAAAACUGGUCAGACAAGACGACCCCCCUUUGGAGACGGCCGAAACAAAGAUGGAGUGAAAAGAUCUCCACCAAAAUCAGUAUUCUAGGACUUGAUGUGAGUGGGAGACGCUUAGAGAAUGUCAGCAGUG